AUGCAGCUCAAGGUGUGGGGGUUGGAGUACCCGCAUAACGGCCGCAAACCUCCUAUUAUCCAUAGAGAUCUAAAGACCCCCAAUAUUUUACUAAACGAGAACAUGCAAGCAAAGAUUUGUGAUUUUGGAUUAUCAAAAGCAUUUGUAAGGAGCAGGGAUUCUUAUAUUUCGACUUGUCCAGCGAGGACGCCCGGUUAUCUCGAUCCGGAGUUUCAUAUACUUGGACACUCGAGCCAAAAGAGCGACAUAUACAGCUUCGGCAUAGUUUUAUUCGAGUUAAUCACAGGCCACCCUGCCAUUAUAAGAAGUCCAGAGGGCGGCAUGCACAUACUUCAGUGGGUAACUCCACUCAUAGAAAGAGGGGACAUCCAAAGCAUUGUCGAUCCGAGGUUAAAUGACCAAUUCAACAUCGGUUCUGCACGGAAAGCGGUGGAAAUAGCCAUGUCGUGUGUACCAACGAAAGUGGUCCAAAGGGCAGACAUAAACCGUGUUUUGUCGGAACUAAAAGAAUCCUUGACGGUGGAGAUCAGUUCAGGAAGAAGCCAAAGAAUGGGAAAUAGUAAGAGUAGUGAGUUUGAUACAACCGCAAUAGAGCUUGAUAGUCCUCCGUCGGCUCGUUAACUAUACUUGUACAUGAGGUUAUCAUGUCCAGAUUCUUUGUAAGGAAAAUGUCUAAAAAAUCUUAAACUUAUUGUAAUUUUGUUAAUUCAGUCCUAAACUUUUUAAUUAUACCAACUAAGUCAUAAACAAUUUUUACAUUUUGUCAA